AUGGAACGAAGCGAUUUUAGAUUACGUACACUUUUACUUCAAAUUGAUCGUCAUUUAACGAAUACUGAUCGUCAAAGACUCUGUUUCCUAAUUGGUUGUGAAGAUGUUCCACGUCGAUUACUGGAUGUCAUUGCUAAAGAUGGUUCAGCAUCCAUGACUGAUAUAUGGGAAUCAUUAUUCGAUCGACGAAAAAUUACUACUAAUAAUGUAAAUUAUCUUAUUGAACGUCUCGGAAACAUUGAACGUUUUGAUUUAGUUGAACUACUUAAAAAUUAUUGUCCGCUGCCAUUUUCCCUGGCAACGAUACCUUCCACAGAAACAACAAGUGAAGCUAAACAGCGUAGAGCUCAUUCGGAUCUUUUUAUUCGUUUCGAUCCGUAG